CUAAUUUGUUGCAAAUUCUGAUACGAUCUUUCUUGCUCGGGAAUUCCGACUCCUCUCUCUCUCUCUCUCCCGUACUAUAUCAUAACCGUCUCUUCACCCCCAACAACAACUUCACACAAUUUUCACCUCCUCUCUCUCUCUCUCUCUCUCUCUCUAAACAAAGCUUCGAAGAUGUCUUGGGCAAUUGCUCGCACUGUCAUUGGCAUUAUUGGGAAUGUCACCUCUUUCUUCCUGUUUGGCUCGCCAAUUAAGGAGGUGGCUUACAGAAUUUGCAAGAACAAAUCAGUGGAGGGCUUCCAGCCAUAUCCGUACAUUGGAGCCACGAUAAACUGUAUAUUCUGGGUCUUUUACGGCAUCAUUACCCCAAACAGCACCCUCGUUGUCACAAUCAAUUCCAUUGGUCUCUUUUUGCAGUUGGUCUAUCUCGCCAUAUUCUUGUAUUUUUCAAAGCAGCAAAGGCGCAAGAUUGCUCUUUUUCUCUUGGCCGAGGUGGCAGUCACUGUUGUUAUUGCUUGUAUUGCACUUCUAGCAAUCCACUCCAAGAGCACUAGAUCCAUUCUUGUGGGUGUUUUCUCAGUUCUAUUUGGACUGAUUCUCUAUGGCUCCCCUCUCAUCAUCAUGAAAAAGGUUAUCGUUACCAAAAGCGUGGAAUUUAUGCCCGUGUGGCUCUCUGUGGCCUGUUUCUCUAAUGGUGUUAUCUGGGCGGCCUAUGCUUUGAUCAAGGUUCCCCCCACCAUGAGGAUUGACUGGUACAUCUUGAUUUCCAAUGGUGUUGGAGCAAUUUUCGCCGCUGCCCAGCUCAUUCUGUACGCCACUUAUUACAGUUCAACUCCGAAAUCAAAGACCAGUGAUGAUCCGAAGAAGCCGAAGGGCUCGAAACCUGAGGUGCAGCUAUCGGAAGUCUGAUCGAUCACUCCCUCCCAACUUAGGAUGUCCACAAAUAUCCGUUCCUCUAGACUUGGGUUUUUUUUUCCUGGAAAUAUUUGGAAUUUUGGGAUUUCUAUGGUACAGUUUCGGAAUUUUGUUUUUACGUUCUUGAUUUUGGUAGGAUUGAACACAUUAUAACAAGGCAUGGUUUUUCU